AUGGCAUCCCUAACAUCCGCAGUCACCGCACUACGCACAGACAUAGAGGCACAGGACGGAUGCAUCCAGGCACUAGAAGCCCAGGCCCAAGCCACACAGCACCAGGCCUCAGCCACAGAUACAGCCCUAACAAGGCAGGGCAACAUGCUACUGGCCCUGCGCAGACAGGUUGAGGAUCUGGACAACCGGAGUCGCCGCUCUAACAUCCGGGUAAGAGGGGUGCCGGAGCGGGAGAGGACGGAGAAUGUUGAGGAGAUGAUGACCGAGCUCUUUAACCAGAUUUUAUGGAGCGACACGCUACCAGACAUCCGCUUGAGCGGGCACACAGGGCAUUACGACCCAGGAUUAGGGAAGGGGACCACCGUGACAUUAUUUGCUGCUUACACUAAUUUCCCCUUAAAGAAUGCAUAA